CAGCCACACCCACUUUGAUACAAGAUGGCUACCAUUAGACAAUUGCUAUCAAUUGGCUCCAGAUUUACUCCUUUACGUAUCUCUAGUACAACCACCACCCGCCAUUAUGCGUCAUUAAUAAAAAGGAUUAAAGAUAAAAGGAAUCAAGCUCAUUUAGGAGGAGGAGAAGAAAAAAUUAGCAAACAACACAAAGGGGGUAAGCUGACAGGGAGAGAGAGGGUCCAGUUAUUAUUAGAUGAUGAUUCAUUCAUUGAAUAUGAUUCAUUUGUUGAACACACUUGCACUGACUUUGAUAUGAAUACUCGGAAAAAUAAGAUACCUGGUGACGGUGUGAUAACUGGUCAAGGAUUAAUUAAUGGGCGACCUGUUUUUGUAUUUAGUCAAGAUUUCACGGUAUUUGGUGGUAGUCUGUCAAGUAUGCAUGCUCGUAAGAUAUGUAAGAUAAUGGAUAAGGCAGUAUCAGUAGGUGCUCCCAUUAUUGGUCUCAAUGACUCCGGAGGGGCCAGGAUACAAGAAGAGGUAGACUCACUAGCUGGAUACGCUGAUAUAUUCCUGCGUAAUGUGAUGUCAUCAGGAGUAGUCCCACAGAUAUCAUUAAUAAUGGGACCGUGUGCAGAUACCUGGUGAUGCUGUUAUAACUGGUCAAGGAUUAAUUAAUAGACGUCCUGUCUUUGUAUUUACAAUGUAGUUGAGUAAUGAAUAAUUAUUUAUUAUUAUUUUUAUUUUUUAUUUAUAUUUAAUUUAGUGGUUAGUACUGAAGUAGUUAGUACUGAAGUUAGUACUGAAGUUAGUCCAUCAGUAUCAAUAGGUAAAAAUGAAGUAGCUCAAGAAGUAAUUAUUGAUGAUGAUCCAGCAUAUGGUCAAGUUGAGAAUACCAUCAGGUCUAAUGUCCAAUUACUAACUGAAGUUGAUCCAGCAUACAGUACAUGUAAUGCUGUUACUGGACACAGUAAUAGUAAUGAUGAUGAUGAUGUAGUAUAUGAAGCUGUGUUUUAAAUCAUGUUUUUAUAUUAAACAAUUA